AUGGACACCGCGAGUGAGAGCCGGAUAAUUAUUCCUCGAAUCAAACCGUCUUGCACACAGUGCCAGCGAUCAAAGAAGCGAUGUGACCGGGGCAAGCCUCAUUGCUCUGCAUGCGUAAGAUAUGGAAGAGAGUGCGUGUACCUCUUGAGAGAUGACUCAAUGUCAGUGUCCAGCGUGGAAACCGCGUCUUUGUCACCGGCGAAAGCUCCCCAAGAUAGUGAAGAAAGCCCUCAUGCAGUCUUCUUUCUCGAUUCUGUCUUAUUUCGGCGCUCUAUGAAUCGACUACCAGAGCUAGAACUCAGUUUCAAGGAUCCACUGCUCAACUUCAUUGGAGACUUUACUUCCGACAGAGAUUUCGUGCACUUAUACUUUUCGACUCUUCAUCCAUCGAUACCAUUUUUAUCAAAGAAGAAGUUUAUGGAGAGAAUAUUAAAUCCUCUGAGUCCUCCACGGCCAGCAAGUCUGCUUCUCAUUGCUACAAUGAAGCUACUAGCAGAUCAGCGUCCGGAACAGGGACCUCGGUGUAAAGCUUAUUACUCAAUAAAGAGCAGCCUCUUAGAAGCAGAGAGCUCACGUAGUCUGGAGCUACGCGUACUGCAAGCUAUUAUCCUAAUGGCCGUAUUUGAGGUUGGGCAUGCAAUUUAUCCAGCUGCAUAUCUUACCGUUGGCUACUGCGUACGAUAUGGAAGUGCACUGGGUCUUCAUAAAGCUGUGGAACGCUAUUCUGAAGAAGGCUUCAGUGUUACCGAGUCGGAAGAGCGGCGGAGGAGUUGGUGGGUUAUUCUCGUCUUAGAUCGCUAUAUGAACCUAGGGUGUGCUGAUAGAGCAUUCCUUACGGCAGACCCAAGUAAGAACAGUAUACUUCCAAUUGACGACGCGAUCUGGGAAGAAAAUAAAGAAAUGAAUGCACCAGUGCGCAGGCUCUUUGAGCCACCAACAACGGCAAUGGGUCGGUUCUCUUUGACCGCGCAAUCUGCGAUUCUGUUAGGAAACGUCUUUCGCAGCAUACACGAGCCUCCUUUUUCAGAGGCAUUCUGGCAAAACGAUGUUAAAGUACUGGAUAGUACGCUCGUUGCGCUGACGAGCGUGUCACUAGAGGAGGGUCGCCAUCGUGGGAUUGGAGUGUGCAGUCCCUCUACAAUCUGCUAUAGUGGUCGCCUGCUUCUUCAUGAUAGAGAAAGAUAUGCCGUUGAUGAGUUUCCAUUUGCUGCAACGGAAAACUUUCUACCCCAAGACUUCAAACGUGAUAUUGCAGCUGGAAUGCUUCGAUUGGCCAAUGCCAUACUCUCCUCAGGUUGUUGCACCACCGAUGAGAUCACUCCAUUCUGUGUUGAAGCAAUAUACAGAGGCGCAGUAUUUUAUGGGCGAGAGCAUUCUCGGACAGGUAACUUGAGCGAUGCAGCCGCAUGUGCCACUAUCAAAGAGGCUCUUAAUGAGAUAGGCAAGAGAUGGAGAGCUGCUACUUUGUAUGCUCAAAUGAUUGAUGCACGAAUCGUCACCGGUAUUUUAUAA